UCGUUCGAGAUCGACACGUCCUCCUCCCGUCAACAGCGUCACGCUUCUCUUCAGCCUUGAGAAUUCAACAAAACGAUUUGAUUUGUAUUUAUUCAGUAUCGAUAUGUUUUUAUUAUCGUUUGAUGUGAGGCUCGGAAGGGUUUGUGAUCGUCUGCGUGUGUUUGUUCUGUUCUGUGACGCGUUUCUACAGUAAAUGUUCAGACUUCACUGUCAGUCAUUGACUAAUAAUAGACUGCAGGAGUGUGUUAUGGAGGCGGUUCUGAAGCGACUGCAGACGCUGACCGCGGAUCAGCUGAGAGACGAGAUCUCCGGCGCCGGACUCAGAUGUGGCCCGAUCACAGCCACCACCAGAAGCGUCUUUGAGAAGAAGCUAGCUCGAGCUCUUCUGGGGGAAGACGCGGUGCAUUCUGGGAGCUCACUUCCUGCGGAGGAGCUCCAGCAGCCAAUCAGAGAGCAGAACCGAGAGGAAGUGACCAGUGAAGCUGAAACCCCAGAGGCGCAGACGGAGAGUCCGUGUGUUUAUUACGGCGUGUGUCCCGACCCAGACGACCCAGCGGCUGAAGAAGGAUCGCUGCGUGUGUACGUCGAUAAGAUGAAGGUGCUGAAGGCCGUGAUGAAGCUGAAAGGAGCUCGAUUUAAAGCCUUCGCCAGGAAAGAAGACGCGGAGAACUUUGCUAAAGGAUGCUGUGUGUCGCAGCUCAAACCGUCUCCAGAGAAAACCAGCGCAGACGCUUUGAACCUGGAGAAGGCCAAUGAGUUUAAGAGUCCUCGAACCCAGGACCUGACGGCCAAACUGCGUAAAACCGUGGAGAGAGGAGACGAGGAGGCGUUCAGAGAGCUGGUGUGGGGAAACCCACGGUAUCUGAUCGGAUCCGGAGACAAUCCCACUAUCCUGCAGGAGGGCUGCAGGUAUAACGUCCUGCAUGUGGCCGCUAAAGAGAACCAGUCGGGCAUCGCUCGUCUGCUGCUGGAGACGCUGGAGGACGUGGAGUUCAUGCGGCUCAUGUAUCCGAACGAUAACGAGCUCAUGCUGCAGCAGCGCAUCACAUACAUCGUGGAUCUGUACCUGAACACGCCGGACAGAGCUAGCAACGAGACGCCGCUGCACUUCGCCUGUAAGUUUGGAUGUCCAGAGGUGGUGGAUGUUCUGUGUUCACAUCCGAGCAUCGACAAACACUGCAGGAACAAAUACGAGCAGAAAGCGUCCGCUGUGAUCUGUGAGCGCAGAAACAAGAGCAAGGAGGUGAAGCAGAAGAUCACGGAGUACUUGGAAGACAGAUUUUACGUGCCGUUGCUGCGGGCUGAAGACAACACCCUGCCUCCGGUGAUCGGCGCCCCCUGGUGUCUCGGUUCACCAGAGUCCUGCCAUCAGUUAAACAGGGCUGACCGGGUGAUGGACAGCCCCAAAAACCCAAUAAUGACCGUCAAGGCUUUCGCUGGGCCUCUCAAUUCAUCAAAGGUCCAGAAUUGCUUUGCAAAGGAAAACGAAUAGCACACACGUCAAACAAGCGCAGCGUUCAAACACAGAUCUGACGGAGAUGGUGUUUUCCCGCAGGCCGAGGAGUUUCACCGGCUGUGGAAGACGCCGAAGCGAGAGCGGUCCGA